CACACAAAUAGUUAAAUAAUUCGUUGCGUCGACAGAUAGCUAAAUCACGUGACUUGAUACGUUUUUACAUCGAGAAACAUUUCUAAACAAGACUUGAACUUUCCUCUCGACUACAAUACGUACACGCAGUUUGACUUCUGUUCAGAGCUUCAGGAUGUCUCUGACAAUGUCUCAGGGUGACGGGGUGACUGUUAUCACCGUCAGCACAAACCCAAAGAGUAAAUGGCCCAUUCUGUGUCAGAUUCUGGGUACCCUGUGCUACAGUCCUGUGUGUUCUGUAGCUCACGAUAUGAAAGGAAAACUGACAGAAACUCUGACAGCUCUUGGGAUUGUGCAGAUGAUCGUGGGAAUCAUAAAUAUCGCAAUGGGGAUUUUUCUUGUAAGCAUCUAUUGGUACUCUAGCAUCCUUCGGGACUUACAAGCACCUUUUUGGCUCGGUGGUAUGUUUCUUGCAGUUGGAAUCGUGUGUAUUCUUGCUGCAAAGUUUCCCAGCCCUUGUGUGUUGGUCAUUGCAGUGAUUUUGAACAUAGUCAGUGCUGCGCUGGCGAUCACAGCUAUUGUGUUGCAUUCAGUGGAGCUGGCAGCAGAGCUCUAUCCAUCCUGCGGUUAUAAUAAUUAUUCACCUUAUGAGGAUUAUAUAACAAAAUCCCCUGAACAGAUUAAGGAUCAGGAAAUUUGUCUGUACUACAAACCUCUCAAUCAGGUGAUCUUGAGAGGUGUAAAUAUCAUGAUGAUAGUUCUGGCAGUUCUUCAGCUCUGCGUAACCAUCAGCUUCAGUGUCGUGACUUUAAAAGCUUUGUGCAAGAAGAGCGGAGAUGCUCAGUCUGUGGAGAACCCACAACGUUACAAGCCUCUCCUGGAGGACGCAACUGGCAGUCCUGCAUGCUAGAGAAACACAAUGAACAUGGAUGAAAACACUGCAGGUUAAGGGUUUUGAGGUGGAUUAGUUACAGUAGAGCUGCAUUUUAAAAUAAAUAACUAGAGCACAUUAGCAUCGAUCUCUUGCACAUGUUACAGAUAGCACUUUUGUAAUAUUUUCACUUUGUAGAAAAAUUAUAAUAUGCAUGAGUUGAAUUUGUUCUCGGCUUUCACAGCUGACUCUAAAUAAAUCUAGUUUUUGCUUA